GUACGCCCUGAUGCUGCCGUGAUGGGUACUACGGUAAUAAGGACGUCUGGACGUUGACUGGGGCGAGCCGGGGAGUCCAUGCGCAAAUGGAGAUCAUGGUGGAUGCCAUGGGGAUCCCGGCUGCAGGAGAUCAAGAUCAUGGUGGAUGCAGUGGAGGGAUCCCGGCUGCAGAAUAUCGACAUCAUGGUGGAUGCAAUGACGAUCCCGGCUGCAGAAGAUGAAUGCAUCGCAGCUGACUUGCUGUUGGUGUCGUGGGAUCCCAAUCCCCACGGUCGAGGACCGCGCCGAUUUCGAAGUCGGGAUCCUCUGGUGUCGCACACCCUCCACGACGCCGCCAGAACUGCGAGGAGGACGACGACGGCAAUGAUGGAGGCUGCUCCAUCGGCAUCUGUUGGCGUGAACGACCACCACCAGGGGGAAGCUGUGGGAAUGGAUGCCGUUCAUCGCCAUAGCCAUCGCCAUAGCCGUGCUGUUGACGAAGCAAGGAAGGAGAUCUUGCCGGAAAAGAAGAAGAUGGUGUCACAACGGCAGUCCUGGGCGGAAUGCCUGAGGAAACCAGCUUCGCUGGAUGGGUUCCGUGCGAUCGGCUUCUUCUGGCUCUUGGUCAUGGGGUGGCUAACUGGUUUUCUGUUCAGCCAGCCCGCGUUGGCUCAGCCUAAGCCAGUCAUAAACAAUAUCGGACCUGCUUUCGGCAGCACUGAAGGGGGAACCUUGCUCACUAUAACAGGCAGCGGUUUCUCUUCCGACCUUUACGUCGGAAGCAACGAUGUGUACAUAGGAAAGGCGCCUUGUAAGGUCAUCACCUAUUUCACCACUCCCAAUCAGAUCAGAUGCAUCACUUCCCGGGGGGAUGAGCCAGAGAAUUCUUGGCGGCGAGUGACUGUCAUUGUUGACUCAGAUCCCAACAGACAGGAUAAGCGGGAUUACGGUUUUAUGUUUCACGAUUAUUCCACUCCAAAACUGAGAAGAGUCUGGCCGGUGGCAGGUCCUCCUAUGUCAAAAAUCAAUGUUGCUGGAGGGCCAUUUAGCGAAUCUAGCGAAUGGAAAAUAUAUGUUGGCAAACAGCUUUGCAACCUUGGAGAUGAUCCAACUUUGAGGAAAAGUUCUAGCCGCUUUGGAGAAACUCUUCAGUGUGAUUUACUGUCAUCAGAAGAUGAACUACAGAGGACCGAGGCAGGGUCAAGGGACGUGUAUGCCGAUGUGCAAGGGAGUCCAGUGUCUGGGAAGUCCCGCGCAAGUAACUUUUAUGUGGAUUUCGCUAACACUAAGUACUUGUUUCAGGUUCACCCUGAGAUAACACGCAUAACUCCUUCAUUGGUUGGGACAAGUGGUGGAAUACCUCUAACUAUUGAAGGAUCAGGUUUUAGUAGGGACCCAUCAGAGGUUGAGGUCAUGAUUGGAGCUUCGCCAUGCACGGUCAAAAGCAGCUCUGGAACCAAGAUUAUCUGUACGAUUCCGCCAGCGCCUGAGAAUAACCAGUCUAGACAGGAGCUUUAUCCGGGUGGAAGAGGAGUUGCUGUGGAGUUCUACCCAGCUGGAAACCCUGACAAGGAUGUCAUCCUGACGGAUCUCAUGGAAGUCACAGAAGAAAUGACAGAUCUCACAUUCGUGAAGAAGUUACGAGCCUUCUUUCUUCCUCCAGAGACGGGAGAUUACAAGUUCCAUAUCUAUGGGCCGGCUCGAGGGGAACUGUACAUGACUUGGACCUCAUCUGCUGUACCAGCUCCAUUGAUGGACGCCAGAGUAGAGGUUGUCGACCUUCACGCGUACAUCGCGAAGAUCGACCGCGAGUUCAAGAAGCAACGGUACGACGACAUCGACACACCAUUGCUAUACGUACGCAUUCAGAUCAGAGAGGCGACCUGCAGUGCCUUGAUCGAUUGCGGAGCAUCUCGCAACUACAUCAGCCAGGACUUCAUGGUACGCGCCGGCCUUGGCCCACGUGUCUGGAGGAAGCCCCAGCCGACGCAAGUCACAUUGGCAGACGGUCACACGCACAAGUCAAUCGACCGGUGCAUUGACGCCGUCCCAGUGUACUUCGCCCCUCACGCAAGUGAGGCGGUGUCCUUUGAUAUUCUGGACACCAAAUUCAACAUGAUCUUGGGCAUGUCGUGGCUGCGAAGCGAGGAUCACCCGGUGAACUUCUUCAACCGCACCGUUCACACGAUCAGGAAUGCUGGCCCUCUCCCACGCAUCGAYGACCUUCUCGAGCGAUUGGGCGGCGCCCAGUUCUUCUCUAAGUUGGAUCUUAAGUCAGGGUACCACCAACUCGAGAUUCGCAAGGAGGAUCACUACAAGACCGCGUUCAAGACACGGUAUGGGCAUUUCGAAUGGCUGGUCAUGCCAUUUGGCCUUAUGAAUGCCCCAGCCACUUUCCAAGCGGCUAUGACAACGGAGUCCCGACACAUGCUGGAUCGUUUCGUACUUAUCUACCGUGACGACAUUCUGGUAUACAGCCGGAGUCUGGACGAGCAUGUGGAACACCUGCGCACCGUUUUGGAGCGGCUACGACAGGCCAAGUACAAAGCAAACCGCGACAAGUGCGAGUUCGCACAGCAGGAGCUGGAGUACUUGGCACACUAUGUGACGCCGCAAGGCAUCCGUCCGYUUGCGGACAAGAUCGAGGCCCUACGAGUAUGGCCCGAGCCCACCAACACCACGGACGUUCAUUUAUUCAUGGGGUUGGCGGCCUACUAUCAGCGAUUCAUCACCGGAUACUCCAGGAUUGCUGCACCUAUGACGAGGUUACAGUCGCCAAAGGUGCCAUUCGUAUUCGAUGACGACGCACGCCGGUCAUUCCAAGCACUUAAGACGGCUAUGCUCAUGGCACCCGUCCUUAGCAUCUAUGACCCCACCCUGCCGACGCGAGUGACUACGGACGCUUCUGGCUAUGGCAUUGGUGCACUUGAUGAUACAAGGAAGAAGGAGCUGCUCGCAUUCGUGAUGGCUCUCAAGCGCUACUGGCACUUCCUCCUUGGGCGUCAUAGGUUCACAUGGGUCACAGACAACAAUCCAUUGACCUACUACAAGGCGCAGGACACGGUGAGCAGCACGAUCGGGCGAUGGAUGUACUUCAUCGACCAAUUUGACUUCACACCGAAACAUGUCCCCGGCCUCUCCAAUCGCGCAGCAGAUGCACUCUCGYGAAGACCUGAUCUUUGCGMUAUGACACAUCAUGCCUUCGCAWUCGACGAGGAGCUUCAGCGACACUUCAUCCGGGCAUAUCAGUCUGAUCCGGACUUCGGCACGCUCUAUGCACAACUAUCUUCGGAUCACCCGCCGGUCAGCCAUUACGGCAUUGUCGACGGGUACUUGCUCCUCCACUCGAGAGGCAAGGACUUACUAUGCGUCCCACGAGACCGUCGUCUUCGGACUCGCCGCCUCAGCGAGUAUCAUGAUUCGCGACUCGCCGGCCAUUUCGGAGUCAACCGCACUAUUGCACGGCUUCGACAGCGAUUCCGAUGGCCUGACCUCAUUACCGAUGUCACUCGGUAUUGCGACUCAUGCGAAGUUUGCCGAUGCAGCAAACCCCGCAACCGCAAUCCCUAUGGCGAGUUACACCCGAUGCCUAUCCCACGGGAACCCGGUCUCUCCAUUGCCAUGGACGUCACCGGUCCGUUUCCUCGCGACCGGCUCGGGCACGACGGCAUCCUCACGGUUGUGGACCGAUUGACAGCCGCGGGCGAUGAGCCCGAUGGCCCUUCUUUUGUGAUGAACAUUCCAGAGCAGUUGACGGUCCAUCCGGUCUUCCACGCCUCAAAGCUGGCAACAUACACGCCAGCCAAGAGCGACGACUUUUCGGGCCGACGAUCGCAGGACCCUCCUUCUAUAGAUGGUCAUCAGGAAGUUGACCGCGUCAUCUCCGAUCGCAAGUACGGCAGCAAGCCGCGGCAGUACAAAGUCACAUUCAAAGCAUGCGAUCGCGACGACACUCGGUGGAUUUCAGGCGCAGAUUUGAAAGCUUCCGCACCGCUGAUCUACGCGCAUUAUGAAAAGCGGAGGUUAGCUCAGCUUCACGACCAGCCCCUCCCACCCGGAUUGUGGUCCCUCCCUCAGACAGACAGCUUCGCCCUCGCAGUUAAACGUCAUCUGGAAGAGGAGAAAACAAGGGGGGAACAAACCAAGCAGAAAACAUAUUCCAGAAGAUCACAGAAGGGAAGAGGAAAAUCCAACCAAGGACAGGGGAUUGAGGCAAAGGGAACAGAUCAAAGCAUGGAAGGGGGCGCAAGAGACACAAUGAUGAAAGAAGGGGAGGAAGAGGAAAAUCCGACAGUUGGAGGUAAGAGGAAACACAAUGAAGGCCAAAAGGAAAGAGAGGACAUAGACGAGGAACAAGGCAACCCAGAAUUGGAAGAGUACCCAUGGUCAGGCAAACAGGAAAAGGAGCUGUUGGAGUACAUCCUGACCUAUGAAAGAUUAAGACAAGACAAUUUUGAGCUACAGUUGAUUCCGCACAGGGAAGAACAGAAAAGCAAACAGAAUGCAGAAAGCCCCAACCCAUCGCAACUCAUCUCGUUGUCUGAAAAUCCAUUCGCUCCAUUGGAAAGAGAAGAGGAACUGGCUACCUUGUUCGCAGAAAAAUACGCUGCAACCAAGGAAGAUCUGGAAAUGUAUUUUGAAGAAGACAACUCAAGCAUGUCGAAGGAGAAGAAUCAAAACAAGGGGGCAAAGUUGCCAAGCUACAAACCUUCGCAAGCUCUGAUAGACCAAGGGAAACAACAGGGGCAGGAGGAACAAAGCAGGAUGUUGUCAACAGCCACACAGCUGGGCAUUCAGGUUGAGGCACUGUAUGCCCAAAACAACCGGCUAAUUGACCUGUACCGGGAGAUUUCCCUGCGCAAAGUGACAAUCCAGGACCUGCGCCACAAGGCUCAUGAAGAGUUCUGGAAGAGGGCAGAAAAAGAAGCAAGCACCCUGCUCCCAUCAAGAGCGGUAAUCCCAGUCCAAAAGGACCUGCUAACAGAGGAUUGGAAGAUAGUAGUCCACAAAGACCUAUCAAUAAUGAGAUGGAGACCGGGACAAAAGAAAGAAGACGUGUUGAAAAAGAUCAGCAAAAGGAGAAAACCAAUCUUCAUGGGGCUUGCAGAUAAACAACAAAAGGAAGGAGAGGAGGAACAUUUGGAAACAGACAAAGAAUCAGAGGGAGAAAAUCUAACACAGCAGGAUGCAAGGCCAUUGAUAGUCUGGUUGGAUCAAGGAUCAGAACUCUCUGAGGGUUUACAGUGGAAACUAUGGUGGUGGAUGGCGGCACUACCAGUAACAGCCUUAGGAGGUGUAACAACCAUGACUCAAAAUGCAGUGGCACUUGCAACAUUGGUGGAAUCAGGAGCACUGGGACAGGAUGAGAACAGGUUACCAUCCUAUCUCACCUCACUAGAGGAGGACACGGGCAGCGGCUCUGAGAUAUAGAAGGAUAAACACAAGUCUCAAAG